AAGGCGUGGAUUUUCAGCAGGGGAGCAGCAUGCAGUCAGUUGGAGUUGGCGAGAAACUGGUAGAGAGGUGCUCAGACAAGCUGGCCAAAGCCCAUCAGCUGAAAGACGAAGGGAACCGGGAGUUCAAGGCUGGGGGCUACAGAGCCGCCAUCAAGAAGUACCACCACUCCCUGAUGUACACCAGGGGGGUGGUUAGUACAGGAGAUGUCUCUGCUAUACCUGGGAUGGAGCAGAUGGUCAAGUAUGUAGCCACUGAGGAUGAGAAGAUAGCGGCAAAGGAACUAUCUCUCAUCUUAUCAAACAACUUAGCCGCCUGUUUCUUGAAGACUGGAAAGUGGGAAAAAGUGCUAGAGUAUGCAAGUAAGGUACUGGAGGGAGAUCCCGAUAACUCCAAGGCUCUGUUUCGACGUGGAACUGCUCGUAUCCACCUCAAUGAACCAGACAAGGCCAGGGAGGACUUGUCUCGGGCGCAGUCUCUCACCCCAGACAAUAAAGAGAUCAAGAAGCAGCUCGCUCUCCUCGAAAAGAAGACUAGAGAACUUGAGGAAAAAGAAAAAAAAUUAUACUCAACAAUGUUAGGAGGGCAAUGAUAAUUAUUAUGUGUGUUAAUCAAAUCAACAAUGUUGGGAAUGCAACGAUAUUAUGAGUAUGUAUAUUCAUCAAUCACAUGAGUGCAAUUCCAGUCACUGUCAGUAGGAUGAUUGCUGCAGCCGAUGAGUAAACUGUGGCACUCUCAUUAAUGGAAGUCUCGUUAUUUCCACCACCUACAAAUGUUUCAUUCUUCAUUAGACUGUCGCCAUCUCUAGUCUUAUCGCCAGACUUGUCAUAAUCAUCAUUUAGAGUCCCUCUCAGAAAGUUGAGGUCAUCCUCAGUGAAAUCGCUCAGAGGAGACCACGACCGGAAUGCGUUGCUACAAGAACUCCCCACACCGGCCACAUACUCUUCAUUCAGCUGCAGUAUCCUACCCAGUUGACCACAGAGAUUAACAUACGGACCAGAGCUAUUGACUACCUCACCAACCUAGACCAGAGAUGAGUUUUCACUCUUAGCAUUGGAGCAAAGAAUAUCACUUACUGUGUAAGUCCCAACAAAGACUUCGGUGACUCGAAUUAAAUACAUACACACAUCAUUGGUUUCAAAGUGGCAAACCGGCACUGCAUAGGGAUGAGCGCUACUAGCAUUAGUGUUUUCUGGCUCUGGCCCUCUUCGAAUGUUUUCGCCAACGGCUAGACAGUUUCUUUCGGCUUCCGUGCAGGUCUUGAAGUAGAAAUUGAAGUGCAAGUUUCUGGCGUCGAUUCCGACGACACGAUUGAUGACGUCGACCGUGUAAAUGCCGCUCUCCUCAGUGUAGGAAUAGCGACGACAAUCCAUCGCGCUGUCCCCGUUGAAGCAAGAGCAGGUCGCUCCCAGCACGACGCCCGAAUAGACUUGGCUGCGGCUGUAUACAAGCGCUUCCUUCAGCGUUUCCGUACGAUUGACAUUAGGCGGCACGCAAAAGUCAGAGGCGCAGGAGCAACUCACCAACACCGGGCAGAGGGAGACGAGAAACACCAGUAGGGCUUCCCGACCAGCAAUCAUGGCGAAUC